UCACACCUCCUAAAAUAUACUUAACACAGAGCAUUCGCACCUCCCUAUUUUUUGCGUUGAGCAUGUAGUCUUUGUAUGAAGAAAUAGUUUUUUCUCUCUUUGUGAAUAUGUCUCGCGAGUUGUGUGGUUUGUGUCCAUCGUUUAUUUGAAUGUUAAACAAACUCGGAGAGAUCUUAUAAAGGCCGAUCAAGCACAGGCAGGAAUCAGUUGAUAUCGGAGAAAGAAGAUCAAAACAACACAAGCUAACCUUGGAGAGAAAAAAGUUUCAAUGAGUCCAAAAAUUCCAUUACAUAUAUCCUUUUAUCAGCUUUGGAUGGAAAGACUGGAAGGUUGUUGUCGACAGUGCGCGGAAAUUUCAGAUGACGCAUCAGUGGAAUAUGUUCGCAAUGACAAACUUGCACAAGAAAACACAGAACUCAACCGCUUUGCACUAGACAAAAUGGAAAAUUCCGCACAACGCGAUAAAGCUUCCGAAUACAGAAACUGUCAGUUGAAGGGCGACGCUAAAUGCUCUCCGAGGAAUUUCUGCAGGCAUACACCGAAGUAUCACCCAUAUAUAUUCCAUGGUCAACUUUACCGUAAUAAAACAAGAAGAGAACCUACGAUACAAUUUAUAGUAGAUACAAUCAAUGACGAAGAAGAUGAAGCUGAUUACUGUAAAGAUUUGGUUGAAGAUUUGAUAGACGCGUAUGCUCUGCAGGAGAAAAAGACGAAGCAGCGACAACAAAUUCAUACAAAUAACGAACCAUAAGACAAUACAUAAAAGUUCAUAGUUUUGUUAGAAUUAUUAUUAUAUAUGUAAAAAAACUAAUUACUAAUAAAACAAGAAUAAAGCGAUAA